CUUGCUACCCACUUGAUGGUCUGCCGGGAGGGAAUGAAACACCUUGCUUAGAACACCAGUCCUUAUUCUUGUUUUCACUUGCCAGCCAUCAUCAACCUUUUCCUCUGUGGUGGCUUAACACUAACUCCCUCCUGCUCCACCCUAGUCUCUCUGUUCAUGUGACUUGGUGGUAUCUGCCUUUGGGCAGGCAUUUGUUCCUUACCUUUCAGCUCUGCAAAGAGGAAGAGCAGCACCUUACUUCACAACUGCAGCUAGUCUCGAUCCUGCCUCCGCCAUGGGCAGGCAUGCUCUGGAGGUGGUCCUGCUAAACGUCGCCUGUGCAUUUUUAUCCUGCCAUGCCGAUGUGGGGAAUUAUGAGAUGGGGCUCAAAUCAAUCCCACAAUCUACUUCGUUCCUACAGAGAACUACUUCUGUUCAGUCAGUUUCCCCAUAUCAGAUAACUUCUUCUAGCCAUGCAGUCACCAUGCUUUUCUCCAGCAGAACAAGUAAUAUUAUAACCACCUCAUUAAGCCAAAGAACAUCUGUGCUCCCUGCCACUCAAACAACAAACCGUCUUCCGGUAACAACAGCAUUGGCCCCUAACAUGACAAUGCAAGCAAGAGAAAACAGCACCCAGCUGACUAGCAAGACGACCCAUCUAAUAUUAACAACUACAGUAGCAGGUAAAAAAACAACUGCAAAGCCCCCACUGCCGACCAAUGAAACUACAACCCAUGUAAGAGUAACAACUACAGCACAAACAUCUAACAGGACAACCAUCCAGAGAACCGAGAAAACCACACUGCCAACCAACCAAACAACCCAUUCAAGGGUAGCAACUACAGCUGCAGCUAAGAAGACAACUGCAAAGCCUACAUCACCAACCAAUCAAACUACAACCCUUGCAGUAACAACUAUAGCAACAACCAAGAAGACAGCUGGAAAGACCAUCGCACAGACAACUAAACAAACAACACAUACAGCAGCAAAAACUACAGCCAGAACCAACAUGACAACCAUUCCUCCAAGGAAUCAAACAACCAGACCUGCUACGACAGCCACCGUGGGGCCCACCCUCGCACCUGAUCCAUCAUCACCCACUACUGGAGCCUACAAUGUUUCCAAUGGAAGUGUGAUCUGCAUUAAAGCAUCAAUGGGAUUGGAGCUGAUUGUUCAAAACUCCAAGACGAAGAAGGGAUACUUCAAUAUUCAUCCCAGUAUCACACAAAUAUCUGGAAGCUGUGGAAAUCUGCAAUCAGAUCUGAACUUAACUUUUAACGGCGGCUUUAUAAGCUUUACCUUUGCAAAGAAAGAUAGAGUCUAUUACAUCAGUAGAGUUGAGGCCAGCUUAAAGAUACCCUCUGUGGGUUCAUGGCACAAUGUUACAAGCAAGCAGCUGUUUACAGCUACGAUGGGGAAUUCAUUUAAGUGUCUCAGCAAACAGAUGGUGAACCUGGCAGACAACUUCCAGCUGCUCACUGUUAACACCCAACUCCAAGCCUUUGCCAUUGUUGGUGACCAGUUUGGGAAAGAGGAAGAAUGUUCUCUUGACAGAAACAGGAGAACAAUCCCUAUUGCAUUGGGCCUGAGCAUCCUGGGAUUGUUUGUCAUUGUGCUUGCCUUGGGGCUAAUUUCCAGAAGAAAGCCAAAUAGAGGAUAUGAACGCAUCUGAAUUGCCCACACACUUCAAAAAGUGCGUCGCAAGUAUAGAGGCCUUGGGAAUCUUGGCUUCCCGUUGUGAAACCUAUACAAAGACCUAUAGUUUUAAAUGGGAUGAGGCCAUGUGUUUAAUGCACAUGCACAUGCAAGAGGUAACACUUAAGAUCUUAUGUGUUCUUGAAAAAGAGCCAACAAAAUUAUGGGUGCUUAGAAGACAGAACAAAUGAUAAAGGGAUGAGUCUAGGGAUAUGCUGUUAGGGUCUAAGGAGAUGAUUAACUAUUAGGCAUGCAAGACACUCUCUCACAGGACUAAGUCUAUAUUCACAGGAGCUUCUGUAGAACCAGUGCUUGGUGAUGCUUUUAUGGGAAGCCAUGUGUGUAGAAGCCCUGGGACAAGUAUCAUCAUGGUUGGACAGGUUGCCUCUGCUUCCCUCCACAAAAAUGUGCACACUCACCUUAUGAGUAUUAGGGGUAGUAUUAUACUAAUCUCUUCCCUUUCCUACUAAUUCCAUUGGUGAAACAGAGUGACAGGUCCUGCUGUGGCAAUGUGAUAUACAUAUUAGUGCUGUUGCACUUUCACAGACAGAUCGGGCUGCUUUGAUGCCCACUCCAGAGUGAAUGCUGGAUAAUUUUCUAAGGAGCUUUAUUUCCAUUUAAAAAAAAACAUAAUAAGGAAUAAGAAAUAUAUCUAAGACAGUGGAUUUCUUUUAAAAUGUCUGCUCUAGGGGGAUAGAGUGAGCCAUCUGUGGCUAUAAACAGCAUGUCACUAUUCACCCUCUGUCGCAAUACAGCACAGAGAGAUCUAAUACAGAAGGGCAGAAAACAUGGGCUAGUGUCAUGAGACUUUACUGAACAUGUGUAGGCUGAGGUUGGGGUGAGUUCAAGUGGGUUUGAGGAUCUAAUUAGACCAAUAUUUAAGACAUUUUCUCUUGGGAGCUCAUGAGUAAAAUCACUUCCUAUUCAGAAUAGUUACAGUCAUUGCCACAAAACUCAACAAUUGCCAUGCUGAGGUAAUGAUGAUACUUUCUCCUAUUCUAAGUAUAGGAAGACACUAAGGUUAUUAAAAACACACCAUCAGUGAAUAUUUAAUAUUAAAUGGUGUCAACUGCAGAGGGCCCACAAAGGUCUGUGAACAAAUGAAGACGAACUUAAGCUACAUUUUGAAGGUUCUUGUGGGACUUAAAUGGUGUGUAGGCCCUCUGCACAAGGAUGAAUUUCAUGCUUGUGAACUGAGGUGCUGGAUCUGCACAUGGAGAUAAUUUAGAUUAAUUUUAAAGCAUGCUGUACGUAAUGCUUUGGUCUCUGUUUCCUACUAAUCAGGUGAUUGAGAGACAUAUACAGUAAUUGAUUUUGAGAUGAUUAAAGUGGGGCUUUUUAGUUGAUUUAAAUCUUCAUCUUACAAAAGAUUUACCAAGUUUAAAAGACAAACAUACAAAAACCAAAAAAGCUGACCCACUGUGACAAAACACAUCAAAGUGGGGAGAAAUUAAAUAUGAAAAUAUUUUAAAAUGAGAAAGUAGUAUAAAAUAUGAGAACAGUAAAAAUCCUCCCUACUAAUAACGGUAACAAGCUAAGUUUUGCUGUGAGUGGGAGUUUU